UGUUGCGUGAGUGUUGCAGGAUGGUUGCGCGGUGCUUCCUCUUCGGGGAGGUGAGAGCUGUCCGGUGCUGAGGGGGGAAGAUGAGCUCAGCGCGCGCGCCGGGGGGCAGGUAACGUCAGCAGUCGGCCGGAGCAGGAAAAGACUCCAUACACACACCCACCAAGUGUUUAUCUGCGCUUAAUCACUGAUACACUUCGACACGGAUGAAUAAUGGGCAGCUAAUCAGCUUCGUGUGACUCAGCGCCGCUUUCCUUCCGAUUCCUGCGCGCCUCGGCAGCAUCCCGCGCCCUCCGCUUGGCUUGAAAUGGGAUGAUAUGGGAUUUUUCAUGUCGACGAAGAUCGGAGGGAUUCUUGCAUUUGCCUUGGUAUUCCUGUCACUGACGGUAUCAGGAGACCCUGGAGAUGUGAAGUGUGAGAACAUUUAUAAGGACUUCUCUGAUUGUGUCCUGGAGCUGGGAGAUAGCAUGGACAACUAUCAGGAGAACGUGACCAGUGAGACAGGAGUGGCAGCUGUGUGCAGCCACUGGGAAGCAUUCCACACAUGUGCCCUCAGAGCGCUGUCCGACUGUCAGCAGGAAGUCAGCUCCAUCUGGGAGACGCUGAGGCAGGACUCCAGGCAGAUGCGCUUCCAGGGGAGUCUGUUCGACCUGUGCAGUCCCAGCUCCUCUCCCAGCAUACGAACACCCCUCAGUGCCCUCAUCCUGCCCCUGAUAGGCAUGCUGAUCAUGACUGGGUCCUCUGUAUAGAUGAGGGUUGGGGUGAGUAGAUGAGGGGAGUCAGGAUGGGCUCAUGUUCCCCUGGGUUCAGUCCUCAAGCAUUCAAACUUAAAGCCAAGGAUUUCAAUGGAGCAAAUGUUUUAAUGAGGGUUACUUUGACACAGAGCCACAUUGUUUGCGGCGAGCCAGUCAAUAUUUGCUGUGAUGAAUAAUAUUUGAAAUCUUCUCAAAUACUUAAGCUUGAUCCUCCCACAUGUCUGGAAAAUCACAGUGAAUUUGAGAAUAUUAAAUGUCCUCUAACUUUCCAUCCCAGGCGGACUAAAGCAAACACUGCAAGUAUUUGAGAGAUCUCAGAUGAUAUGUGAGCAGAGUCUGAUCAAACCAUAGUCCGACACCUGUGGCUCUGUGUUACAAGCAAACAAGGGGCAGAUACAAUAUCAUUAACACCUGCGUAAUCUAAUGCAAUCUAAUGUAAGAGCCAUGCUACGAGUAUUCAUUACAUUAUUGUGACCAGCUCUCAAGUUUCAAAUCCGAGUUCAUUUUUAAAAACAUGUUUGAGAAGUUGUUCUUGUUCUCAUCAUAUCGUGAGACAGUAAGGUGUUAAUGUAUUCUGUCACCUCCCUGUACUCUGUAUUAUAUGGUUUUACGACAAUUAAACAAAUAGCUCAACUGUU